CUUUGUCUUCCUGGAUACUUUAUCUGGUUAUGUCUUCGGAUGUUAUUACCCUAGUCCAGCGCAUCAUUAGCACCGGGACAAACAUUCUGGGGACAGCUCUCGUUGGCGCGCAACUUUUGAACAGUAGCUCACUGUCGACUCAGCUCGCAAGUACAAGGGAGUUCAUCCGAAAAAUUGAGAAAUUUGUUCAGAAAGUCCAGCCGCAUGAGCGUGAAAAGAUUGAACGCGGACAGCCCGGUUAUUUCGAAGGAUUGACGAAGAAACUCCGGAGGAUGAGCCAUCAUCUGACCAAAGGCGAGCAGCGUCUCGUCGAAUCCGAUAAAAUUGGCCAGAUUGCACAUCAAUAUACACCAGCCGUCCUGGGCUUGAACGAGCUGAAGCAAAAAGUGCAAAGAAUCGUAGACGACCUCAAGGCUGUUCAUGCAGACUUACUUAAAACGACCAAUGCCAUUCGGGCCCGGAUUCCUGAGAUAGAUGGCGAUAGCGACCCAGAGGACGAUACUAAAGCAACUGCAUCAUCGAGUGCGAUCAUGCUCUAUCCCGUGGAUCAAUCCAAUAUCCUUCCGGUUUUGUCGAGCGAUAGGCCUUCAGCCUCAUCACUUGUGCCAGCUGAGCAAUUUGAGAUCCCAGCAGUUUCUCGAUCUGCACACAAGCAAGGCGCCUGAGAUGUUAUGAGCUCCGGCAACGACACCCCAUCAGCCUAGGCUCAGUUAGGGUUCAAGUUGCAAAUUUUCGGGCCUUUUUGAUGACGAGAUACUGCCGCGAAACGAACAUAAGGGAUGGCCAUACGCAUUGUAUAGAGGAUGCAAAGAUAAACAUAUGAAUCGUGAGAUGGUCACCCUUUUGAAUGUAAGGCAUGUAGUACAGGUACAUAUCCCAGGCCAACCACCAGGAGCAUAGCAUACUGCCCAA